AUGGAACCAUCACCCAUAGUUCAAAGCAACCUAUCCCCUGAGACGGUGACCGGGAAUAAACGACGCGGAUCUGUGGAAAGCUCACUAGCCAUUGACAAGUCUCCAUUAUCAGUCAACCAGUCUGCCGCCACCUCCGUGGAUUCAUUACAUUCUAGGACGUUUUCCCGAAUUCCGUCGCGCUUGCCACCAUCACCGGAACUGUCCCGCAAGCCACCCCAGAAAGCAGCGAAAGAAUCCAUAACACCUCAAAAUCCUGUUAGCCCAGGGAGAGCUCGCCGAUUUGGACUCUUUUCCAAGAAGUCUAAGCCAGAGCUUGACUCAAAACAAUUGGACGAGUCUCGCCCCACCCGCAAGGGACCAGUUGCUGGGACUGGUCAUGAGGGAUACGGCAGAUAUGGACAGCGUGGACGCAAGACAAGUAUCAGCAGCAAUGGUGGGACUCGGGAUAGAUCGACUAGCACGACCAGAAGCGCGUCCAAGUCUGUUUCUAGCAGUAAAGGGAGUGACAGAGGUCGAUCCGAUCUGGGGUUGGAUGACUUUUUGCUUGACCGCUUGGAACCCGUGAUCAUACCGGGUGGCGGCAUUGAUGGGGCAGCCCUGAUACGAACGCAGAGCGAACAGAGUUCAAGCGGCCUCAGCACCACGUCUACAAUGAACUUGGCGCCGCGAUCUAAGCCAUCGCGAUCACCUGGUUACUCCACAGAUUCGCUAGCUACUUCGACAGGGACCGUGGAAAACGCCCGAGGAAGCUACCGAAGAAAUAACUCACAAGGGGAACUCUACCAGAGUCAAGUCGCUCGUGGUGGCUCUUCAAGCUUCUCUAGCACUGGUGGUUCAGGGUCGAAUUCGGAGCGCAAACCAUCGCUGGCCGAGAUCACCGCACAAGAAAAGUCUCAGGCAAAUACGGUGAAUCCAUCCUCACCAGAAGCCAAGGUGGCGAAAAGUCCUAAGAAACAAGAGAAAAAGUCCCCGAAAAAAGGUCUAGGUUUGAAGUGGAACUUCUUCCAUCGAAGCAACGACAGCACCGCACACAAGGAACCGGAGCCGCUGGCUUCUGUACCUCAACUGCAAGCUGCAGUAUCCACUGACAAAUCUCGCCGGCCGAUUGCACACUACGCAUUUGUGGACACGGAUUCAGACCCCUUGGAAGAUAUUAUCCACAACAUCGAGGACUCGCCUCCGACGGAGGAUGACGGGAUGAAUUCUCCGGUUGAGAUCCCGGCAGCUUUGAAUAUCAGGAAGCCAAGCCCAUCUGUUCUUCUCCCUUCGCCACCGAAAUUACAAGGUGAAUUUGUCAGGAACGGCCCACCUUCACCCAGAGUUUAUUUUACCAGGAAUCCAUUUGAUCUAAAUCCCCAGGAGCCGGUGGAGCCUACGCAAAGCAAAGAGCAAGCGCCGGAAAAACGCACAAGUAGACUGGCUUCGGUCGGACGCAUCCCACGUGUGGUCUCCAGAAGGGAAAGACAGCACAAACCCGCCUUUCAGUCCUUCUCAAGGCCAUUCAGUGUGACCGAGUCACCUUCCCUAACGGCAUUAGUGGACAGACCAGCGGAAUUCUCACCACCUCGUCCUACACCCGAACGCAGCCCUCCGCGUGAUCGGCACAACCCUGCUUUUGACCUGACGCAACCGUUUGGAGAUCCGACGACGCAAAGCAUCCUCGACUUUAUUGCCGGACCGUACUCGAAACACGAAUUUCUCGCAUUUUCUCCUGGCAAUGACUCGAUGGUUUCAACUUCCAGCGGAUCGGAGAAUUUGGCGGCAGUAACGGCUGUGAUACCAAACCCAGGGUCAGAGUUGAAUGAGGAUGAGGUAUGGGGGGAGUAUGAUGACCUGCUUGACCAUGUCCUAUCUCCCGAGACUACGAGGUCCGUUUCUCCUGGUGAAGACGAAGUGGAAGGAAAGCUUGAAAUGGCAACCAUGGCCAGUAGAGCGCUUCAAGCUGAACUGAAUGGCCAAGCAGAUAAGCGUGUGCGCUCGUCUUUGAUCGAGAACCCGGCUUUGGCCCUUAUUCCGGCAUCGCCUCAGUCAAGCAAUGGAUCGGUUCACCUUCGGCGCUCCAGGAUCGUGUCUGCUUUGCAUUCGUCCAUUGCCCCGUCUUCGCAGCCUUCAUUCAGUGAUAUUAUCAAGGCAUACUGCGAUGAUCGGCCUGAGAAUGAACCGCCUGAUCAGAUCGACCAAGCCAUUGCACCCAUGGAUCAGAACUCUCUCUACCUUAGCUCUCCCCUAAACCCAUCUCCGAGCUUUGAGACAUGCCGACAACGGAACACGGUCUUGUUUGAUAUUGCCGAGCGGGAUCGAGAAGGGCCUACGGCGCAGACAAACAUUCGAUCGGGAUCACUGAUGACCAGUCGAUGGUUGUCUUUCGGGAGGGUUCUGUUCAGUCCUGCUCACAAUCACGUCAAGGAUGGAGAAGACGAGCGGAUCUUGGUUGUGGACGGCCUCGGAAAUGAUGACUGGUCCUUUUACUGUGCUCUCACAUACCCGAACGCAGAUGUGCACUGCCUGACCGAUGGACCAGCAUCCACUGCCUUCAAGCAUCCUGCCGCCUGGCAGCCACCUUCUAACCAUCAUACCAUCCAUCACGCGAGCCUUGAAGACCGGUUUCCAUUCCCAAAAGGGACAUUCACAGUGACAGUAUUGCGAUUCCCUGCUGCUUGUUCCGAGUCCGCCCAGAAUAAAAUAGUUUCGGAAUGCAAGCGUGUGCUCCGCCCCGGUGGCUAUAUCGAGAUGAGCGUGCUCGAUCUAGACAUGGUCAACAUGGGUAUCCGGACGCGAAAGGCUGUACGGCAGUUAAAGGAGAGGACGUAUCUCACCGACCCCAACAUCAGCCUAAAACCUGCCAGCGAUAGCAUUCAACGGAUGUUAGGUCAGAAUGGGUUUGAUAGCCUGAGACGAUGUAUAGUACGGAUCCCGACCGCGGGGAUUAUCGUCCGAUCAUCCGCCUCCUCGUCAUCGACAGCCUCGUCGAAUCCGUCCACAAUGGCUACUACUACCACUCCAUUCACCGUCUUCUCUGGGCCCUCGACAUCAUCCAUGAGCGCACAGUCCAAGGCUCAUGGAAAGUCCUCCUCCAACGACACUGACCUCUCACUGGGAGACCUGCUGUCGGAUCCCUCCCCUUCUCCUUCCAACGAUGAAUCCAUCCGCAAGAUCGUGGCCAAGGUCGGUCGCUGGUGGUACACCCGAUGUUACGAAAUCCCAGUUCUCCCGAACGGCGACGCCGAUCUUAGCAUCUGGGCCGAUCGGAAAGUUGUCCGCGAAUGUCAAAGGCGAGGUACCGGAUUCCGGUUGUUAAUCGCCUACGCUCAGAAACCGAGCGAGAAACGAAGAACCGCAAGUGUUUGA